CAAGACCCUACUCUAGUUUUAAAAGCAAGAACUUUAAAGCGGGAAUUUUCCGUUAAUAUUGCAUAGUUAUUAUUUUCCGAUACUCUGUUUUUCUUAUUGGUUGAUUAAUUAACUCAGACUUCAUGAUUUAGGGUUCUACUUCUCAUUUCAUUUUGGUUUUUCUUCUCCCAGUGUUGUAAUUGGUGAUUCCAUCAAUCAAUCUUAGCAUUCCAUCCAGUAUAUAACAGAAGCCGCUGUGAAAGAAUUGCCUGAACAUGAGCAGACGGCUUCACGGAGCAGAACUUUGUCCCCUUGCUGCAGGGGAAAAAACCAGUUUGUGAUUUAAUCCGUUGAGAAAAGCAACAAUAUGAUGUAAAGAAGUAACAAAGCAAAAGUGGCCCCGGUCUCUGGAAGACAAAACAGGAUCCACAUGUUUUCCUCUGAAGCUGGUGAAAAUUUUCCUUGAUUAUCUUAAUAUUGGUACGCGCGCAUGGUAAUAUUGUGUGAGCAUUACUCCUUUUUCUGUGCAAAAGUUUAUUCAAACUUGAUAAGGUUAAUGUGUAUAGAUAAUGAGCGUUUACUAAGAAAUUCACGAGCAUUUGUCUAGGCAUUUAAAUAUGGUAGAUGGGAACAACGUAAACAAUUUAUUGUUUAUAUGCAUGCAUGUGCUCCAAAUAUCUGUUUUAUUGUAUUAGUUUUUGCUCCUUUCUGAUUAUUUUUUUGUGCACAGCCAUGGAUGAACAAAAGCAUUGGAAAAAUAAUCUUUCAGUAAAGGCGCGUUUAAAAAGAAAAUUGAUUUUGAAUAAAAAACGCAACAGAUUCAGUAGCUCCAGUGAAAGUGAAAAGGCGCCUAAUCAUGCCAAUAAUGGGAUACACUCGACGACAAAGAAAGAAGUACAUGGCACGGCUCUGUCAAAUAAUUCUAAGGACCAAGUAACUUCAUUUGUCAGUCAUAACAUAUCCACUGCAACAAUCGGACAACCUUUGCAAUCUGGUAAACAUAUUACUGGAGAAAAUCAUCAUGUAUCCACUGGGGAACCAGAAAUUCAUUCUACCACUCAUCUUAAGGACCUUGAAGGAAGAGGAGUGUGUUCUGCAAUUGCGAUGAAAAGGUCAUUUCCAUGGGACAAUCGAGGUGGUGUCUUAGUUUCAGCACUAAACUCAUCUUCCCCAAACUUAACCAGUUAUGGCCUUCUCACGAAUCACCUUCGCAGUCUUUCAAAAAUUCACAUUCCACUCCCAAGACCCUCUAUUGAUAUCAACUCUCCAGAUAUACUCACCAGACGGGCAGCAAUGUAUCAGGAUUACAUGGAGCAGAUCCCAAUCCCAAGUCGCCGUGCCUCUGUCAUCCCAUUUACCUCGUGGAUAGGAUUAGGCAAAUCCAUUAAGAAGCUAUAUAGGCAGCCUCUUCAUUACCUCACAAAUGUUAUCCUCAAGCAAUGGGACCAAUCGAGAAUUGGCAACGAAGAUGAGUAUAGGCGUUUAGAUGACAUAAUUCAUCCAUGCAAAGCUGAAGCUACCAUCUGGCUCAUGGAACAAAUCCAUCGCCAAACCUCAUCGCAUUUUCAUAUUGCUAAUCUCUGGAAGGUGGACCCAAUGUACAAUGGUUUUGUUGAUUCCAUUUUCCCAACAAUACAGCACACAUCAUGAAGCCAUUUAGUUUAGAGGCUUUUAUAUCCUGCAAAUGGUCUUUAUAUUACCCUUUUGGUAAAGCAACAUUGAACCAUAUCCUUGGUCUUUUCCUCCUUACUAUGUUUCGAAUGGUGAUAUAGGAUAGAAUAGAGUGGAAUGGAACUAUACAACAUUUUUAUUUUAAAAGUCAUCUAGCUUAUUUCAUUCCAUUUCACUCUAUACCACCGGUCCAAACAUAUAUUUUCUUUUUCAAUACAUAGCUGCAUCUUACUGUUUGUCUUAGUUACAAUCCUAGAUUGAAGAUUUUACAUGACCUACCUCAAAUUAUAUGCUGUGAAUUUUUAUCACUGCAAUUGUUGAUGACGUUGAAUAAAACAAAACCAUACUCCUUUCAUCAUUUAAACAAA